GCGUCACAAAUCUGGAACUCCAACUCAGCGGAUGUCGUCAAAUGACGUAAGAGGCGUCCUGCAUCCCUUCGAGCGGGACUGCUGACCACUGAAACUAAAAGCUUUGUGACUUUCUCAAAUAGCAGCUUUUUGUUUAAGUAGACAUGGCCCUUCAAAUUGAAGCGGAUUUACCACCUGGCCUUGCAUGUUUGAAAAAUGUUGAUGACCUGCUUCGGUGUCCUAUUUGCUUUGACUUCCUCAAUAUUUCAAUGAUGACUAAAUGCUCUCACAACUUUUGCUCCUUGUGCAUCAGAAAAUUUCUUUCCUAUAAGUUGCAGUGUCCAGUUUGCAAUACACAAGCAACAGAACCAGAACUAAGAAACAACCGUUUAUUGGAUGACUUGGUCGUAAACUUUCAAGCUGCAAGGCAGCACUUGUCAAAAGCAAAUUUUGACUCUCCUCCAAUAUCGCCAAAGACCCCAGCUUCAGCUGUCAAAUGCAAAACUCCCAGACAGAAGUGUAACAGCUCCAUUUUGAGUAAUUUUUUCCAAAAAAGGCAUAAAACAUCUCCCACUAAAGAAACCCAGAGAGAUAGUUCCGUUGCUGAUUGUGUUCAGCGUGGAAAAAUACAGACUGCAUUCACCCACAGUGCAAAUGGCCUACAUUUGCCAACCGCUCAACUUCCAGUGGCUGUGAAGGAAGAGCCAAUGGAUGUGGAGGAGGCCUCUGUCCAGGGUUUGAUGUCAGUCAAACAGGAGUACACAGUCUUGCACAGUAUCAGCACUGGGGUUGAGAUGGCACAUUCCUCAUCACCAUCAAAAGAAGUGAAGCCCGUAAUCAAAGUGGAUUGCCCUGUGUGUUCUGUAAGUGUGCCACAGCAGUUUAUCAACAAGCAUCUGGACACAUGUCUUACCAGAGGAGAGAAGAAGGAAAGCUUGAGGAGCUCCCUUGGCAAGGUGAGGCGUCCAAUGGGGAAGCUGGUGUACAACCUGCUUUCUCUGCAGGAGCUGAAGAGGAGGCUGAAGGAAUGCCAUCUCUCAGUGCAGGGUUCUCGAGACCAGCUGAUCAAAAGACACCGGGAGUUUGUCCAUAUAUACAAUGCCCAGUGUGAUUCACUAAACCCAAAAUCAGCUGAAGAUAUUGCCAAAGAGUUGGAGGCCAGUGAGAAGAUCAGGAAUCAACUGCAGGGGAAAGCCAAACCUAUCAUGGUUUUCUCAAAGAAUCAGUCUGAGAAGGAGAUUGAUGAGAUGCAUUCAAAUUAUAGGAAGCAGCACAGCAGCGACUUUUCCCGCCUGAUUGCCCAGGUUCGGGGUCGCCUAGAGACCACCCGACAGACUUGUAUCAAACAGGAAGUCAUUGUGGAAGGGCAGGAUGCACAAAAAACGCUCCCUGCAGAUCAAGUUGCAGAAUCAAAAAGCUGCUUAGUGAUUAAGAUAGAAGACGGAGAAACUGACGAGGAGCCAUCUGCAAGAGGGAUUGAAAUUUCACCCAGCCCCACUAAUAGUGACGUGUCCGUCAGCAGUUCUAUUUCUGACAUAUUUGGUCCAGAGCCUGCCAGAAACCUCAACAGGUGUUUCUGCCUCAGGAGCUGCAGAGUCUGGAUCUGUGAUUGCGGGCCUCCUGCUGGAACAGUGCUGCUGUCUAUAUGGUGGAGAGGAGGUGGUGUGGCUCAGAUCCUACUUAGUGGGCAUCACCUGAAGCUGUUUAAUUGUCCUUCUGGAUACAUCCUCUUCACUUAUGUUUUACAAUCUACAUUUUAUCAUCAUAAUUGUAUAUACUAUGAUUUUGUGUUGUGAAUCUAUUCUGUACACACAUCUAUUGCAUGUCUGUCCGUCCUGGGAGAGGGAUCCCUCCACUGUUGCUCUUCCUGAGGUUUCCGUCAUUUUUCUUCCCUGUUAAAAGUUUUUUUUGAGGAGUUUUUCCUUCCAGGAAGCUCUCCACAUCUAUUCUGAACCUGUUGGAGUAUAUGUUAUAAAGUGUUUUAGUGCUAGACAUCUAAUACUCUACUGGUUGUGUAUUCAUACUUUUCAUGAUCAUUGUGAAAGAUACAUUUGUUUAUCUUUACAUACAGCAUUAUGGUCUUUGCAGCAGACAUUCUCAUCAUCUGUGGGCAUUGUCCUGCAUUCUCCACAGGUGCAACUGUACAGUUUAAUUCACAGUGUGACUAAAGAUAUUGUUGUCGUUAUUGAUAUAAUUGUUGGUAGAGAGCAUUAUCUUACACGUUUGUCCAAAAUCUUCCAUAUUUGUGAAACUGGGUUAAGAUCUGGUUACUGUAAAGGCUGUAGCAUUUUAUUGACAUAAUUUUCAUACUUAAUAUGCAACAUAACUAAAACCAUGAUGGCUGUUAGUUUGAUCUGUGACGAACAAUAAUAAUAAAACAAAAAGUAGCUAAA